CGUCCGUUCCUUGCAUCGCCAAGAAUAUUUCCAAUACGACUUCGGAACUCCUAUACAGCACAGCUGGUUCUGGCUAUCUUAUACCCUACUUACCUUACUUGCUCGCUUUCGUCAACGACGCUCAAACGGCCGUGGAAAAAUAUAAAGAAACCUACCAGUCUUAUAUUAUCUACUGUCGAAUCCGGCACUCUUUCCACCCCCCCAAAAUGAAGACUUCGAUGUUCCUCGUUGCCCUCUGCGCCUCGCUGGCUAGUGCUGGCCUUGUCAGGACGCCUGUCUUCCAGGAUCAGGUCGUGGAUAGGGUCGAGGGCGAUUGCUUCUAUGGCGUGGCGACGCCGAAUGGUUGCGCGCCUCUACGGGGAUAAUUACAGUCACGGGCUGAUUACGCGGGAUAUAAGCUCUCCUGGUUGAACAUCUGAAGCUUCAAACCCAAAAUUCAACAAUCAGUCACUUGCCGUUCUCUCUGGCUCAUACCCGAAUCGCCGUAUCCAGAGU